AUGCUGUUACUUAUUUUCAGACCAAAACUUGGCACACUUUUGCCCCCUGAUCUCCUUGAACUGCUCACCGACACUUUUGGUCGCCAACUUCGAUCCACUCGGCUAUCCACAGCAGUCCAGCAAGCUGAACCUAGCGCGCCUGGUGAAAACUCCGCAUGGCUAUGUGAAACUGGCAAGCGCUUUCUGAACCAGUACGCUGAUUAUCUGCAAUCUGAAGUAGGCUUUGUCCGCAUAGAUCUGGGCCCGAUUGAGAGCCCCCCAGCACCGACCUCUUCAGCGUCUGCCCCCAAUCAUACGGCAUUUCAUCCGAAUCUGACCACUACUGGAGUUCCUGCUAGUCUGUCAGUCUUGCAAGGAGGAAUAACUGCACCCGCAGGAUAUGUGGGCAGUGGCGGUGUGGGCCUGGGAAAUUUGUCUCCCUCCCGAGUUAGUCGAUUAGGUGAACAUAAUUUAACUAGGGAUCCUGAAAAUCGGGCUCUUGGAAAAAUGAUUGUACGUACCGAUAGACGACCCAGUAUCGAGACUAACCGUUUUGCAGGAUCUGCUUUGUCUGCAGCUAGUCCUACCCAUGUUUCGUCCGAGACAGCCUCUUGUGCACGUAAGGCUACUGUUGCCAAUGAAGAAAGUUUAACAUCACACCCUCGGAUGUCUCAUUUACUGACCAAUUGGUCAAGGCAAAAUGGCCCCUGCAGUGCCUCAGCGACAAAAUCUAACUCAACCUAUGCCUUAUUCCAGCGUUCCAUUCACCUGGCCGGAAUACAUAUAAUUGAGGCAAGGCCUUCUCUUUUCUUUCUUUUAUGGCUUUAUUGCAAGCUUUCGUCUUAA